AUGUCCAUGGACAGUUGCAUCACAUUUCUAAAAGAAUGGAUCCCAUUUGGUCAUUCGUCUCUUUCGUCCAAACAAAGUUUUGUGGGAAAAGGCCUGAAUUUUCGUCACACUCUUUACCCGUCAUACAAGAGCAAUCGUCCACCUACACCUGAUACCAUAGUUCAGGGACUUCAGUACUUGAAAGCAUCAAUCAAGGCUAUGUCUGUCAGAGUGAUUGAGUUCAACUUAAAGCAGGUGCCGGGUGUUGAAGCUGAUGAUGUUAUUGGGACCUUGGCUGCAAGAAGUGUUGAUGCUGGGUUUAAGUAUGCAUCAGGGCAAAAAGCAUUCCCCCCUUUUGCUGCACAGAUAGAAUAA